ACCAUAGAAAAAAUAUCAGGUGGAGGUGGAGUGAAAUAAGCUGCAAUUAACUACCUAUCAAAAACAUCAAAAAUUCUCUGGUAAAGAAUUUAUAUUGAUCUAGCUUCAUUUUGAUAACUAUUUUAUUGGUCUAGUAGUAGUAUCAUACCCUUGAUUUGCUUAUUUGUGAAAAGCAGUUGGUAUUGUUCUACACUUUGUUAUUAUUGAGUAGUGGACGAUAAAGAAUUAUGGAUGAUGAUAAGGCGGUAGUUGAGGAGGGUGAAAUACACGACGAUGAUAAUGAUGUUAAUAAAGAUGAGAGAGAAGAUAUACCAGACAAUUUUUUUGAUGACUUCAAUAAUGAAGGCUUCAUGGAAAGUUUACAAAUAGUUGAUUCAUUAGAUGAUACAAUAGAAGAGGAUGGAUAUAACAAAGAAGAGAUGAAUGAGGAAGAAAAAACUAAUGAAAGAAAAAAACCUAGGAGAUCUGAAGAACAUAGGAGACGAUCUAGAUCCAGGAAUAGAAGGCAUAAAGGGUCACCUCCUAGACAAAGAAAAUUCGACGAAACAGCUCUAAGAAGGGAUCCAAAUAAAACUAAAAGAGAUUUAGAAAAGGACAGGGAAAAUUUUUUCAAAAAAAAAGAACAGAAAGUCAUAUCGAAGAUUAUUGAAACUGGCUUAGUUCCACCCGGAAUGGAAAGUGAAGUGAAUAUGAGUACAAUUGAACCUGAAAGGAAUAAAGAGUUGGAGGUUGUAAAUGAUGAUAAAAUAAAAACCAAAUCUAGAGAAAGAAAAUCUAGUAGAGAAAGAAGGAAUGAAAUAUUGAGAGAAAGAAGAAGAAGACGAUCGAGAUCAAGAAGUUUUUCUGAUAAAUACAGUCCGAGGCUGAGGAGUCGGAGUAGAGGUAAUAGAAGAGAAAGAAGCAGAGAUAAAAGGAGAAGUUUUGACAAACAUUUGAGGUCGAGGAGUAGAGAAAGGAGUAGAGUUUACGACCAUGUAUUAUACUCUCCACCAAAUAACAGAAGACGACGGAGCAGAAGUAUAUCAGAUCGUGAACGGUGGUUGAAACAAAGGCGUUCCCCUGAAAGGAAAUAUCAAGGUAUCAUAAGGGAGAAGAAAAUGUCCUUUUUGGAAGAAAUCAAACUGAAAUUGAAUGGAGAAACAAGUUCUGGCGGAGACAUGGUAACGUAUCCUUUUCCAAAGAAUCCAGUUCAACCAAAAUUCCCUGCGGAUGUGUUUCAUGAUAUGUCUUCUAUACCAGUGGCGCCCCAAUACAGCCAGAGCUACAUGAUGAUGGGUGAUCAUUCUGUAGCUCAGGUGGGUUCCAAUUAUAACGAAGACUUUUUCAUAGGCGAUCAGUCGGUUGCUCCGAUCAAUCCAAUCAUACCUCAAAUGGCUGUUACACCUAUGAUGCCAUUGAAUCAUCACCAGGGUAUGAUAGAUCAAUCUAUAAGAAGUGACCCCAUGGCUAACACGUACGGUUCAUUAGUACAACCAGUCCCGCCUCCACUUGAUACUUCUGAAAUUUCUGCAAAAGUCUCUCAGUUGAUGGCUCGUAUAUCCGCAUCCACUAAUCCCAACUACAAUCAAGGUGGACAUCACCCUCAGGUGGAACGGCAAUGGAAUAUGACAGAUUUUCUUCAUAUCAAUCGAGCACCAGCAGAAUGUUCAUCAAACGGAGAAGCGUUAAAAAAAAAAGUUGAUGUUUUGUCAAGAUGUCAAGAUUUCCUGAAAGAAUUGACUGGGGACAAAAAAUCUAAUGGAAAACUGAAAGUGACAAAAACCAAUCACCUACCGAACAAGCUUGAACAAAACGCCUCCCCCUUAUUGCGCCAAAAACCUCUUAAAUUUUCUUUCAAUACACCGUUGUCGGAUAACAAUUACCAGGAUAUUCUGAAUCGAGCACUGAUAAAGACAGGGGUGGUUACGACGGUCAUCGAUUUGGUGGACGACGAUCAGGAGACUGGUUCUCCUAUUUCGGCAGUUGCGAAGAAGAAAGUGCCAUUCGAUCUAACAACAGAGCCCUCCAAGUCGAUGUCGAUGAAGAUGUGUCAAACAGAUCCGGUAAAAUGCGAGGACUGCGAGAAGAGGAAGGAGAUCCAGUACAGGAGUAUCGGGACACAAUGUGGGGAGAGUGAAAGAUAUAACGUGGGGGUGCAGGUGGUUGAAGAGGAUAUUAUAAAUUCUAGAAUUCCUAAAAAUCAGUCAUUGGCUCAUAUGACACCAGCUCAGCUACUCGGUAGGAGUGAUCCAGUUUCAAGCAGAGCAGAGAGUUUUGGAAACUCCGGGCAUACGGCAUUUAGAAAUUCUUCUAAUUGGAGCAGACCAAGGGAUUACUAUGAUGAACUGGGAAUGGAGUAUGCAGGUGGUGCUUACUAUGGAGGAGGUAGAGAUCGAGACCCCAGAUUUGCUAGAUAUUGAUUUUAUUACUUCAAUUUAGAUUGUAAAGAAUUUAGGUUUUAUGGAUAAUAUGUAUAUUAGAUGUAGGUGUUCACCAGGAUUUAUUUAGUUUAUCUUUGAAUGUGUAUUAUAUGCAAUUUGUUUAGUUGAUUGAUGUUGUGUUGCAGAAUAAAAAUGCCAUCAUUCAUGGAAAUCUUUUCAAACCA